UUUUAUUUCAGGGGCAACGCGUCUGUUUCCUUUAUUGGAUAUUGGUUACCUUGAGCUCAAGGACUAUCUCGGUUCAUAGUUUCCUUUCCUCCUCUAUUACCAUGGCCAACCCCCUUAGUUUGCAAACGUCCGACGAUGGUACAAGCAGUCAUAUGUUUCUUAGUGAACUCCGUGAAGGGAGCACCGGACCUAUCAUGAUAAUGGUUUGUAGAAAAUGGGACGUGACAAGUGUUAACGGCAGGUACAUGAGCACCGACUAUAUUGUCACUGACAUAAAGGGAGGUGUGAUGCAUUGCACCGCAAGGAAUAACAUUGCCCACUAUUUCUUUGACAAACUCAAAGAGGGUGGUGUAUAUUUGGUCAACGGUUUCGCCGUGCAACCUACAAAUCAGUAUCGGAUUCUUAAAGACAGCCCCUUUGUGAUUGGGUUGCAUGGUUCGACAACUGUGAAGCGGGUUGAUGAUGACGGCAGUCGUUUUGAACGCUACCCUUUCCUGCUUACGGCAUUUGAGGAUCUCCAACCAACCGAAAACAAGUACUUCGUUGGUAUGUUUCCUACACCCCACCUGGUAUUUGUCGUUAAAAUACUAUUGGGGCGUAUAUUAAAUGCAAUCUACAUCGAAAUAAAUAUAAAUCUUUGA